AUGCUGCCAAUGAGCUUUUGGCGCUUGUGCCUGAUUCUACCCUGCGCACUUGCUCAAACGGGUGAGAUAGGGUUUCUGCCGAGGCAAGUGGAUGCAUUAGAGGGAUGCCAGUUCUUCUACAAUUGGCGGUGCUGCAACUACGACUAUGUUGGCUUGGGCCGAACGGGUGGAAGUAACGGGACGAUCACCGCAAGGCUCAAGAUACUCCCGGGCACGAAUGCAACCGAAGGAGUCGACUUCGACUUCUACCAGGAUUCCGUGACGUGGCAGGAUGGCGAUUUGGAUCCGAAAGCGAUGCUGAUUGUGAUAUACAACAAUGACGUCUACGAGACCACAAAAGUUGUGAAUCUCGGGAUCGAUGCAGACCCGGCCAAUGCCAGCUCCGCUUCCGAGACCACAGCUUUUAUCCGGGACGACAACGAUGGCGGGACCGUUGAGAUCUCACCCUCGGCGAUUGUUCUGGAUGAGCGAUUUGGGAACAUGGAGUGCCUUAUGUGGGCUGAGCGCUCGGGAGCAGUAGCCAGCGGAACAACAGAGCUCACUGUUGAGUACACAGAAUGCCCAGGGAUCGUUCCAGAGCGUAACCGCGCAGGCCCCAAUGACUUUUGGAGUGUGCCUCUUACUGGCCCGCUCGUGUGGGAAGAUGGUGAGACGGGCAAGAAGUGCGUACUCCGGAACUUGGAGUUUCAAGCUGGCAUUGACAUGGAGUGGCCCGAGUGUUGCACUGGCAGAAACUCGAGCAACAAUACACUGUUCUUCCUGAUAAACCCGGAUGCAGAGGAAGAGGCGGAGGAAAGAGUGUGCUUUAAAGCCUCGCUGUCUGACAACAGCACCGCAACGCUGCCGGAAACCAGCAUACUCCAAAGCUUGAUUAUCAACGAUGUCGAUGUUAUGGAGGAGCUGAGGUUGAAUUGUAGCAGAGGCCUAGAUUGUCUUCUGGACGUUUCUAAGACGUCCAUUGUGGGUGGAGACAUGGGACUUAUUAUCGAUGCAGAAGAGUCGGACUACAAGUGUCCGCAAACCUGCAACUUCACGGCAAAUUCGACCCAGCAGAUAUCUUAUAGAUCCUCCGGCAAUGCUGCUGAAACCUUCAUCAAUCUGGGAAAGGCAUUGCGCGAUUGGAAACCGGGUGACAAGAUUAUUUGCAAAUGUGGUGGUCUCACUGGAGGAGACGUGACGCACGUUGCCACGAUGGAGCUCCACGGCCCGUAUCUUGAAAACACGGCUUCCUGCGUCAAGAGCUGGGCAACUUGCGACGUCCCACAUCUUCUUGGAAUCGGCUACAAG